AUGAAUACAGUACUAGCAGACACAUCUCAAGCAGCCAACUGCGACCAUAUCCCGGUCAUCGAUCUAUCUCAUAUCGAUAGUCCGUACUUCGAGCAACGCCAGGAACUUUCCCGAACAGUCUACGAUGCCUAUACCCAGGUCUGUUUCUUCCACAUCAGGAAUCAUGGUAUCCCUGAAAGCAUGAUCACCCGGAUUCACGACGUAGCAGCGAAAUUCUUUAGUGUUGCCGACGAACAAAAGAUGAAAUUCUAUGUCGGAAAUUCCAAGAAAUUCCACGGCUAUAGCCCUAUCGGAGCUGAACAGGCCACGGGAACAGACGACCACCCGAUUUCCGAAGAAGAAGCCAUGGGGGUUCUCUCUGAGAACUUCGUCAUUGACUAUGGAACCCAAAUGGAUUCACAGAGAUCGGAAGGUGACCCUCUCCCUCCGGAUACAUAUGGACUUUAUGGCGACAACCAAUGA